ACAAAAACCCUAGAUUUUCAGGAGCACCAACCUAUCAACUAAAAAACUAAAACUGUCACGUUGUGAGGUUAUGUUCAUAAUUAAAGCAACAUAUUUUCAAUAAUUUAUUAAUAUUAAUGAUAAAUGAGUUUUUAUAGCGUUACAGUGUGUAUUUAUUAAGUGACAAUGAAAAUAAAAAGAUAUAAAAAAGUGCACAAACACUUAAAUUUUUACAUAAACAAUUUCGGAUUUAGACAACCUUAUCAAAUAUUAUUAGACGGAACGUUUUGUUUUGCGGCUUUGAAUAAUAAAGUGAAUAUCGCUGACAACAUUCCAAGAUACUUGCAAGGGGAGCUUAAAUUGUUGACUACACAAUGUGCUAUUAUUGAGAUGGAAAAUUUAGGCCCUAAGUUGGGGGGCGCAUUAGUCAUCUUGAAGAAAUUUCCUGUUCAUAAAUGCGGACAUGAGGGGAAACCCGUUGUUGCUUCAAAGUGCUUAUUAUCAAUGUUAGGUGAUAUCAACCCAAAUCAUUACAUUAUUGCAACUCAGGAUAGAGAUUUACAAAAUAAUGUUAGAAAUAAAGUCGGUGUUCCUCUUCUUUACCUUCACGGAAAGACUCCAGUGUUGGAGCAACCUUCAGAGAUUACCAUUGAGGCUACUAAAAGUAAGGCUGAAGGUCUGAAUAUAACUGAAAGACAGAAAAUUGAAAAGUUGAAAUUGGAGAGUGGUUUAGUUGAAAUAGAAACUAAGAAAGUGAAGAAAAAGAAGAAGAAAGGGCCAAAUCCUUUGUCUUGCAAGAAGAAGAAAAGUAAGCCAGGAGUGGCGGGAAAAGUGGUGAAAAAUACAGAAGAAGUGAAGAAUAAAAGGAAGAAAAUUAGGAUACCACAACAUGUAAAAGAGAUUUUGUUUAAUAAAGACAGUUAAGUUUUAGCACAUUAUAUUAUUUUCAUAUACAGUAUAGGAAUCAUUUUUACAYUUUUUUACCUAAACAGAGUUCUACUAUAAAUAUUUUUCUUUUUUGUCUACACAGACUAACAGAUAGACCCGUUAAUAAAUUAUUAAAUCUAAUACAUUUCAUAUUACACAUUCUUAUCAUUAAGUACCUAUAUUUAUAUGUUCGUAGAGUAUAAC